AUGGAAGCUGAAUCGGGUCGAAGCGACUUUCUUGCUGCUCCAAUUCGAGAACAGACCCCCAACAACGAUGAAGACAACGUCGCAAAUCCAUCGUCUCCCGGCAUCGAAUACGAAUUUGAUGAAACGCAAUGUUUGUUCUGCAACCAGCCGAGCCCAGAUCUGGAUCUGAAUUUGGUCCACAUGUCAAAGGCCCAUGGUUUACAUAUCAACCCGGCGAAUCUUUUGGUGGACGUCGAGUCCUUCCUCGCCUAUCUCCAUCUCAUCAUCUCCGGGUAUUACGAGUGUCUCUACUGUGGAACACAGCGGAACACACGCCAAGCGGUGCAGCAGCACAUGAUGGCGAAGGGACACUGCAAAUAUGAUAUUAUGGACAAGGAUUCUGAGCUCAGAGACUUUUACGAAUCCUCCUCGUUGGAUGCAAAAGAGGAAGAACUGCACCGAAAUCGCGCCGCCAUGCGCUUUUCGGACCACCCUCGCCUUCCAACGCAGGCCAGAUCGAGGGAAUCACGACCAUCACAGCGUUCACAUAGACAAGCCCCCAACUCCACAGCUUCUCCGCUCGACCAAGCACUCCCGACUCCGACUCCAACUCAGCAGUCACACACCGAUGCUGAGUCAAGCUCGAAUGCCGCCGAGACGCCCUCGCCGUCCGUGGGGGAGCUGAGCACAAGAGCGCUGAAGCAAGAAUGCACGCUCAACAACCAACUCGCACAACUUCGUGCAAGUGACCGGAGGAGUCUAUUACAUUUGCCGACUUCACAACAAAGGGCAUUGCUUGCGACUCACCACAAACAGAUGGAGAAGGCCAGGAGGACAGAGCAGACACAACGGGGCAACUUGGAGAGUGCAGGGAACAAAACCAAUUGUCUGGGCAAGAUCAGGUUGAUACGGAAACCUCCCCAUACAGGGAACGUCCACAGCUUGAAUCGGUGA